CCUACCCGCUGGCAAUGAACUCGCGCGAACCGAAUCCCUGUACCGACCAACAACGACGGAGCAAGCAAGCUGGAAGACUCGCCGGCAAAAGGUAGGCUGAGCGCCUGAGCCCGCGGGCACAGUCCAUGGACUGUGGCAAACCACUCACACACAGCGCAGGAGAUCUCAAAGUGCCCCUAAAUCCUCCGUCCCCUUGCCCCGAGGACAACCCUGCUCCCACCGGAGCCUCCGACGAUGGCUCGUCGGCAUGGGCCUCGGCCGUCGCCCUGUGUUUCCUCGCGAUCAACUGCGGGGUAGCCAUCUACGACUCGAGGCACGACCCCAGCUCCGUCCUAUUCGUGGUCGUGUCCUUCGUCGACCUCGUCCUCCUCUUCCACCUCCUGCGCGUCUUCGAGAGAUUGCCCCCGAGUUCGCCAAAGCGCCUGCAGGUCAAGGCCGCUGUAUGGGCCCUCACCACUGCCCUGACGGUCAUGUUCUCGCAGCGGGUGGCUGCGUUGAUGCCGGGCCCUGUAGCCGCUGUCGUCUGGGUGAUGGCUGCGGCGACCAUCCUCGCGGGCUUCUGCAUGUUCUUCGUCUGCCGGGACGACGCCUCCGCCGACGAGAAGCUCGCCGAAGGCCCGUAGGCCAUGCUACUAGAACCCGUCUUGGGUCCUAUGACCCCGUGUGCAAUUUGUAUUGUCGGACACGCCGCCUUAUUAGUGAAAUGAUAAUAAAGGACAAUCUAAAGGUUCAGUCUAUCAA